GGAGGACGAGAGAGAGAAUAGGCAGAGGUGGAAGAGGGAGAAAGGACGGAGAGACAGAGAAAGGAAGAGACUAAAUGGCUGCACCGCUACCGGGCUUCACCCCGCUCCUGCUCUCGUCUCUGGCACUCCACCUGCUUGUCCUCGGCCCUUUGUUUGCCCUCACCCCGGAGACGGUGAGCACAGGAGGGGCUUCCAACCGGUGGACCCCGGGCCUCUGUCACCGAGACGCCGGUAAAGUGAGCCGGCAGCAACAGAAGCAGCAGCGCGAGGAAGCAGGGGAGUCGCCGAGAGGCAGCUGGAAUCUACGCCCCAGCAGGUGGACUGUAGAGCGGAUACAUACUGAGGGAUGCUGUGGAGUGGGGACGCUGGGAGGAUAUACCCAGGAUGGGGCGAGGGGGACACGGAAGGAGGGACUGAAAGGAGUCGGGACGUUUUCAUCACCUCCUCCUCCUCUCCCUUCAGGUAUUAGGAGCAGGUCGAGCUCUGAUGGCGUCGGCGCAGGAGAGGGAGUGGAGAGAGGGAGGAUGAGGAGGAAGGGCGUUGUUUCUUCUCCAGCUUCACCUGCUUUCACCUCCUCGCCGGUUCAAAACGGCAAAAAACGGGCAGUACAAAGGACUAGAGCGUGCGCGCAACGGUGGCCGGCGUCAAGGCCACACCUCGCCAAACGUGGUGCCGCCGGAGCCUUUGUGCACGCCUCUGGCCUGUACGGGGCACCCGGAAGUGUAAGGAGGAGAGGGGGAGAGGUGUGGGAGAGGGCUCGUGAGGUGAGGAUAGUCUUUGCCACAUGCUGCUCUCUGACACCUGGGCAUCACUGCUGGUCAAGCCCUAGCAAACAAGCCCUCUCCCCGGCAAACAUCCCCACACUUGGCCACUUGCCAACCGGUUGCUCUUGUUGCAUUCAUCCUCUUUCUGGAUACAAUUCAGCACACAGCAAGGCUUCAAAAAACACCUUUAAAUGUCAUCCCCGUUUCACCAACAAUUCAGACUGUAUCCAGGGAUCCACAUUGGAAUACAUGUGUCAUUUUACAACCGGCCGCACAGAUCCAAUGCAUCCAGUUUACAGGGGGAGCAAACCAAACACAGCUCGGGAUGCUUAUUGGGGCUCUGCCAGCGUGGACAGGAGGGCUGGUAAUUGUUCUCAUUUUGGAAGGCACAAUGUUAUCGAUCCCAGCAGCAGCACAGAGGGGGGUGAUGAUAGCCGUUUGACUAGGUGCAUUACGUGCAGGGAGAAAGACAGGGGGACGAUGAGUGGGGGAGAUGAGGAGGAGGGGGAGGAAACGUACAGAUGUUGCGCACCGGUAGUGAUUAACCCCAGUACCUUGGUGCACCUCGAUAGUUGUGGGUCCCCUAUUCGUGAGGCAAAGGCAGUUUAUUACCACGCCAGAAACAUAGAUAAGAAGAGGGAGGGAAAAGAUGGACGAGAGGGAGGGGUAAACCAAGGCUACAAAUAUAUUAAUUUAUCUAAUUAUCCGGAUAAUGAUUUGGCUUUUCCGUUUCUGACGCGCCUAUGUAAGACUGGUAAUGAGCUUCCGCAGGGGAAAUCAGCACCGGCAACCAGAGGGCAGAUCAGGCAAACACGGGGAGACAUCGGGGAGGUUCCCGGUGGUUGCUUCGGUUGUUUGGACAGAAAAGAAAUGGGGGAUGGAUAUUUAGCCGGGUUUAUGGUCCCACAGGGAGUCGUAGCUCAGAGGAAUCUCCCCAUCCAAUUUUCCCCCACAGAGACGCAUGAUCAACGUUUUCCAUCCAAUAAGAGCGGUAUUGCUGAUAUUGUAUCAAACUAUGCGGGCCCGAUAAUGAAUAUCCUCCCUGAAACACAAACAGGCGAUUAUGCAGAAAGUGUAAAGCUAUCCAAACUGCUCCGUCUAUCUGCAGAAAAAGUAAACGCAAGUUCAGAGUCUGCCGGUGACUCAGGCUUUUUCUCGCCUGCGAAGUUUCCCGUUAUAUCUCCCACGUCUCGCUUUGCAGCAGCAGUCACACCACGUAUUCUCACUCAGCCCGAUGGCACCACAGCAGAACACCUCUCGUUUUUCUCGGAAAUGAACCUGACCACACGGCGGGAUGACUCCACACGUUUGAUUGACCUACCCUCUCUAAAGGACGUGAUUUCAGCACCACGGACAGUUUCCCCAGACUCCCAGCGCGUGUUUUUAUGGAGCACAUUCAACAGCAACAUUAAUAACAACAACGAAGAUGAGCAAAGCAAGGACAUAAAUGGAUUUAAUCAUGAAUCUGAAAUAGAACAAUCUCAGUGGCAUGAUCAGACACAGCAACAAGACCUGUGGGAGACAGCAUUACUAGACAUGGUCAAUGCAGGCUGUGCUGACAGCAUUUCCACAGACUGUUCAGCCACCAAGCAAGGGGAUCAUGCACAUAUGCAAUUAAAAUCCGGUAAGCAAGUGUCAUUAGAGCCUCAAGGUGUGAGACAGUCAGAUAGGCGGCAGAUGGGUGCCGAGGCAGAGAGGGAGAGACAUGCAGAGAGGGAGGGAGAGGGUUUUGAGGGGUCUGCUGCUGUUGCUGUUGGGGGAGGAAAAGUACAGGUGGGGGAGGGCAAGAGAGAGGCGCGGCUAAUGGGAGGCAGAGAACCAGGGGGAAAAGAGCAAGAGGAGGAGGAGUGGGAGAGGGAAAAAGCAAUAACAAAGGCAAGCCGGGCAGAAGAGAGAGAGGCUGAGAGGGAGAAGGGUCAGGAUAGGGGCAGGAGCACCACCAUCAUCCCACAGCCAGAUAGCAAAAAAGGGAAGAAAGAGAGACAGGCAGAUGAGAGCCACGAGGUUGGAGAGGGGGGUGAAAGGGGGGUGGAAGGGAAGGAGGAGAGGCGCAGUACAAGGGGAGAGAGGAGCCUGGAACGACUGAUAAUAGUAGCAGAUGAUGAUGUCUCACAGGGGGAAAAGGGGAGGAAGAUUUUGAUGCCCUGGCCCCGCUCUCGGCGUGCAGCAAACAAACAUCCCCAUUUCUCCCAGUAUAACUUCCAAGUGCAAGUAGCUGAGAAUCAACCAGCGGGUACUUCAGUCAUUAUCAUGUCCGCCUCAGACCCAGAUGCGGGAGAUUCAGGCAGGGUCAGCUACUCCAUGGCCCCGCUGAUGAACAGUCGAUCAUCUGACUACUUCCACAUCCACCCAGACACAGGGCUCAUCACCACCACUCAGAUUCUAGACAGAGAACACAUGGACUUGCAUUACUUCCGAGUCACAGGGACGGAUAAGAGCGCCUCUCGGCUCUCCGGCACCACAAUGGUGGCCAUUACUGUGUCAGACCGCAAUGAUCACUCUCCUAUUUUCGAGCAGACAGAGUACAGGGAGACGAUCAGGGAGAACGUAGAGGAGGGGUAUCCCAUCUUACAGCUGAGAGCGACAGACUUAGACUCCCCAUCCAAUGCCAAUAUCCGGUAUCGCUUUAUCGGUGAUAAGGUUACAAUAGCCCGGUCGGCGUUUGAGAUUGACCCCCGCUCUGGCCUCAUUACAACCCGCGGAGCAGUGGACCGGGAAAUCAACGAGCACUACACUCUACUGGUGGAGGCCACUGACCAGGGGAAGGAACCGGGGCCGCGCUCUUCUACUGUUAAAGUGUUUAUCACUGUUCUCGAUGAAAAUGACAAUGUGCCACAAUUCAGCGAAAAGCGCUAUGUGGUAGCAGUGAAGGAGGAUGUUCGGGCCCACACUGAGAUCCUCCGUGUGAGUGCCACAGACAUUGACAAGGACAGUAACGCUGCUGUUCACUACAAUAUCAUCAGUGGCAACAGCCGUGGACAGUUUUCCAUCGACAGUGUAACUGGGGAGAUCCAUGUUGUAGCACCGCUGGACUAUGAGUCAGAACGGGAGUAUACUCUCCGUGUUCGUGCCCAGGACAAUGGCCGGCCACCUCUCUCCAACAACACCGGUAUUGUCAGUGUUCAGGUGACGGAUGUAAACGACAACCCACCAAUCUUUGUCUCCACACCUUUCCAGGCUUCUGUGCUCGAGAGCGCCCCAGUUGGUAGCUCCAUCCUCCACAUUCAGGCCAUUGACACUGAUUCUGCUGAUAAUGCCCGUCUGGAGUACAGGUUAACUGGCACCAGCUCUGACACACCCUUCGUUAUUAAUUCGGCAACAGGCUGGGUCACUGUGCGCACCAUUCUUGACCGAGAGUCUGUGGAGCACUAUUUCUUUGGUGUGGAGGCCAGGGAUUAUGGCAUGCCUCCUCUAUCUGCUACAGCAAGUGUAACAAUAACAGUGAUGGAUGUUAAUGACAACCGGCCCGAGUUCAUCCAAAAGGAGUACUAUUCUCGCCUGAAUGAGGAUGCGUCUGUUGGUACCAGUGUAGCGACUGUGACGGCUGUGGACCGUGAUGUCAACAGUGCUGUAACCUAUCAGAUAACAGGGGGAAACACCAGAAACCGCUUUGCCAUCAGCACAGCAGGCGGGUCUGGACUUCUUUCGUUAGCUCUCCCAUUGGACUACAAACAGGAGCGCCGUUACGUUCUAACCGUCGCUGCCUCAGACCGCACACUCCACGACACCUGUCAGGUGCACAUUAACAUCACUGACGCCAACACACACCGGCCUGUUUUCCAGAGUGCCCACUACUCCGUUAGUGUGAACGAGGACCGACCACCUGGAAGCACCGUAGUUGUAAUCAGUGCCACAGAUGAUGAUGUAGGCGAAAACGCUCGAAUCACAUACUUUCUCGAGGACAAUAUCCCACAAUUCCGCAUUGACACCGGCACAGGGGCGAUAACGCUCCAGGCAGAGCUCGACUAUGAGGACCAGAUGACCUACACUCUGGCUAUCACAGCUAAAGACAACGGUAUCCCGCAGAAAGCAGACACAACAUAUGUGGAGGUGAACGUGAAUGAUGUGAAUGACAAUGCACCUCAGUUCCUCAGCACAAGAUAUCAGGGAACAGUGAGUGAAGACGCCCCUCCCUUCACCAGUGUCCUCCAAAUUUCAGCCACUGACCGUGACGCGCACACCAAUGGUCGUGUUCAGUACACCUUUCAAAAUGGCGAGGACGGGGAUGGGGACUUUACCAUCGAACCUACAUCCGGUAUAGUCCGAUCUGUUCGACGCUUGGACCGUGAGAGCGUGCCAUUCUACGAGCUCACAGCCUAUGCCGUAGAUCGUGGCAUACCCCCUCAGCGAACCCCCGUCCACAUCCAGGUGACGGUCCUAGAUGUCAACGACAAUGCCCCCGUCUUCCCUGCUGAUGACUUUGAGGUUCUAGUGAAGGAAAACAGCGCAGUGGGGUCUGUGGUAGCCCAGAUCACAGCCACUGACCCCGACGAAGGCACUCACGCUCAGAUCAUGUAUCAAAUUGUGGAGGGAAACAUCCCCGAGAUCUUUCAGAUGGACAUCUUUUCAGGGGAGCUCACUUCACUCAUUGAUCUUGACUAUGAGGCCCGCAACGAGUAUGUCAUCGUAGUCCAGGCAACCUCGGCUCCUCUAGUCAGCAGGGCCACCGUCAGGAUCCGAUUAGUGGACCAGAACGACAACAGGCCCACUCUGCAGGACUUCCAAAUCAUUUUCAACAACUUUGUGUCCAAUCGCUCCAACAGUUUCCCCAGCGGGGUUAUUGGAAAAGUACCCGCCCACGACCCCGAUGUGUCAGACAGGCUGCACUACACCAUCGACCGAGGGAACGAGCUUCACCUGCUGCUCCUGAAUCACACCAGUGGAGAGAUCCGACUGAGCCGAAAACUGGAUAACAACAGGCCGCUGGUGGCUCCCAUGCUGAUCACUGUCACAGAUGGCGUCUACAGCAUUUCAGCCCAGUGCGUUCUCCGCGUCCUCAUCAUCACAGAAGACAUGCUGGGCAGCAGUGUCACCGUCCGCCUGCAGAACAUGUCCCAGGAGCACUUCCUGUCACCACUGCUUGGUAACUUCCUGGAGGGCGUGUCAGCAGUGCUCUCUGUGCCCGUCGAGGAUGUUUUUAUCUUCAACAUCCAGCCGGACCUGGACGCGGCGCCGGGAGGGAUCCUGAAUGUCAGCUUUUCUGCUGCGUUACCCGGCGGGGUCUUCUUCCCCUCCGAGACCCUGGAGGAGCAGCUGUAUCUGAACAGGCCGAGGCUGACGUCACUGACGCAGAUGGAGGUGCUCCCGUUCGACGACAAUGUGUGUCUGCGUGAGCCGUGCCAGAACUACAUGAAGUGCAUCUCAGUGCUGCGUUUCAACAGCUCCGCCCCCUUCAUCUCCUCGCCCUCCAUCUUGUUCCGGCCAAUCCACCCCAUCGCCGGCCUGCGCUGUCGCUGCCCGGUUGGCUUCACGGGUGAUUACUGCGAGACGGAGAUCAACCUGUGUUACUCCAACCCCUGCCUGAACGGGGGGGUGUGCGCCCGCAGAGAAGGAGGGUACACCUGCAUCUGCCGUGAAGAUUACACCGGUGACCGGUGUGAGUUUGACCGGCGGCAGGGCAGGUGUGUUCCGGGUUUGUGUCGUAAUGGAGGGACGUGUCGGGAGCUUUCGGGCGGAGGUUUCCGCUGCGAGUGUCCUGCCGGAGGCUACGAGCGUCCGUACUGCACCGUCACCGCCCGCUCCUUCCCUCCCAAGUCCUUCGCCAUGUUCCGGGGCCUCAGACAGAGAUUCCACCUGUCCAUCUCCUUAACUUUUGCCACCCUGGAGAACAGUGGUCUUCUUUUCUAUAACGGACGCUUCAAUGAGAAGCACGACUUCAUCGCCUUGGAGAUCCAAGAGGGACAAGUGGUGCUCAAAUACUCCACAGGUGAAUCCUCCACCCAGGUGAGUCCCUUCCUGCCCGGCGGUGUGAGCGAUGGCAACUGGCACACUGUGCACAUCCACUACUACAACAAGCCAGCUACACGCUAUCCCAAGCGCAGUAUGAGCGGCGAGGCCCAGGGUCCGUCAGAUGAGAAGAUUGCCGUGGUGAGCGUGGACGACUGUGACACCGCAUUGUCGCUUCGCUUCGGUACACAGCUCGGAAAUUACAGCUGCGCCGCACAGGGCAAACAGACCAGCAACAAGAAGUCUCUGGAUCUGACUGGUCCAUUGUUUCUGGGCGGAGUUCCCAACGUACCGGACAACUUCCCGUUUGGAUCCAGGGAGUUUAUCGGCUGCAUGAAGGAGCUGCACAUUGACAGCAAGCCGCUGGACUUGGCUGGGUUCAUCGCUAACAAUGGAACGAUCCCAGGUUGCAGCGCGAAGCUUCCCUUCUGUAAGUCCAACCCCUGUCAGAAUGGAGGAACCUGCCAUGUGAGCUGGGAGACUUUCUCCUGCGAAUGUCCGCUCGGGUACGGAGGAAAGGACUGCAGCCACGUGAUGCCACACCCCCAUCGCUUCCUGGGUAACAGCGCCCUCUGGUGGGACCUGAAGAACGACGUGACCAUCUCCACGCCCUGGUACCUGGGCCUGGUGUUCAGGACCAGAGCACGAGAGGGGACGCUGCUGCAGGCCCAGGCCGGCCAGUACACCAGUCUGCUGUUCCAGGUGAUAAAUGGUCAGCUGGUGUUCUCGGUGACCCGUGGGUCGGCCAGGCCGGUGCGUCUGCGGUUGGAUCAGGUUCAGGUGUCGGAUGGCCAGUGGCACGACGUCCAACUGGAGCUGCGAGACGUCCGCAGCGGCCGCGAGACGCGAUACGUCGCCACGCUGCGGCUCGACUUCGGACUAUAUCAGGGAACAGUGAUAGUGGGAAAUGAGAUUCAUGGUCUGAAGGUGAAACAUCUGCAUGUGGGAGGAGUGCUGGGCUCCGGAGAGGUUCAGAACGGGAUAAAAGGAUGCAUACAGGGUGUUCGGUUGGGUGUACGGCCUGACUCCCCCCCUCUGCCCCGCCCCUCCCGAGCUGUGAAAGUAGAGACCGGCUGUAAUGUUGGAAACCCCUGCGUCUCGUCUCCUUGCCCCGGCCACAGCCGCUGUACCGACCAAUGGGAGCGUCACACCUGUCUCUGCGAACCUGGUUACUAUGGGAGAGGCUGCACUGACGCCUGCCAUCUGAAUCCCUGCGAAAACGAGGCGAAGUGCCACAGGAAGCCCAGCUCCUCCCACGGAUACACCUGUGACUGUGGAGACAACCACUAUGGACAGUACUGCCAGCAUAGGAUCGAUCACCAGUGUCCCAGGGGGUGGUGGGGUUCUCCCACCUGCGGGCCGUGUCACUGUGACGCCGACAAAGGCUUCGACCCCGACUGCAACAAGACCAGCGGACUCUGUCACUGCAAGGAGUUUCACUACCGUGCGCGAGGCUCUGACACCUGCUUGCCAUGUGACUGCUACCCGGUGGGUUCCUUCUCACGGUCAUGUGACCCAGAGACAGGCCAGUGCCAGUGCAGGCCCGGCGUGAUUGGUCGCCAGUGCAACGCAUGUGACAGCCCCUUCGCUGAGGUCACGACGACAGGAUGUGAUGUUAUUUACGACGGUUGUCCAAAGACCAUCACUCAGGGGAUCUGGUGGCCUCGGACCAAAUUCAACCUGCCGGCCGCAGUGCCCUGCCCCAAAGGCUCUGUCGGUGCAGCUAUCAGACACUGUGAUGCGGAGAGAGGAUGGCUGGAGCCAGACCUUUACAACUGCACCUCUCCUCCAUUUGUGGAGCUCAAUGCUGCUCUUGAUUCUCUGGAGCGUAACGAGACGGAGCUGAACACCAUCAUGGAGAAGAAACUGGCUCACCAGCUCCGUGACGUCACCGAGGCAACCACCCGACUCUACGGCAACGACUUGCAGAUCGCCGAGCGGCUGCUGUCCCGCCUCCUGACCUUUGAGACCCAACAGACCGGCUUCGGACUCACCGCUACUCAGGACGCACAUUUUAAUGAGAACCUGGUGCGAGGCUGCAGUGUUCUGUUGGGUCCUGGUACCUCGGGGCUGUGGCGGGCCCUCGCUCAGAGUCAGAACCACAUCCCAGGGGGCGGCCCGGCGGAGCUGACGGAGCUGCUGGAGCAGUACACCCAGAACCUGGCCCAGAACAUGAAGCUCACCUACCUCAACCCUGUGGCGCUGGUUGCUCCAAACAUCGUCAUGAACCUGGACCGCGUGGAAAACCAGACCCAUGUGCGCCGGCGUUUCCCACGUUACCACACCACCCUGUUCCGCGGCCAGACCCUGUGGGAUCCCAACACGCACGUGAUACUGCCCCCUGCUGCCCUGGUGCCACAGCGACAGCAACAACAACACAGCUGGAAGGAGAAGGAGCGCACAGAGAAGGAGCGCGCAGAGAAAGAGCCCGCGGGUCCUCAGAACAAUGAUCCGGCCUCCAUCAGUAUCUCAGCCAACCAGACAGGAGAAUACACGGCAGCCAGACGCACCGUUUCCCUGCCAGAGCCGCCCAUCACCAUCGUCAUCCUGUUGAUCUAUCGCAGUCUGGGCGGCGCCCUCCCUCCAAAAUAUCACACAGACAGGCGGGGUGUGAGGCUUCCCAGACACCCGGUAAUGAACUCCCCGGUGGUCAGUGUCUCUGUCUUCAACAACCAGACGUUUGUGGGCGGACACCUGGACCAGCCCAUCCUGCUCGAGUUCAAGCUUCUGGAGACGGCCAAUCGCAGCAAGCCACUGUGUGUGCAGUGGAACCACAGUAACCAGUAUGAGAUCGGGGGUUGUUGGACAGUCAGGGACUGCAUGGUGGUCUACAGGAACACCUCUCAUGUCCGCUGUCAGUGUCAGAGACUGGGCACCUUCGGCGUGCUGAUGGACAGCUCACACAGAGAGCAGCUGGAGGGGGAUCUGGAGACCCUGGCCCUGAUCACUUACUCCUGUCUGUGCCUCUCCAUGAUGGCCCUCCUCUUCACCGUCCUGGUGCUCUCCUGCCUCCGAGGCCUCAAGUCCAACAUGAGAAGCAUUCAUUCAAACACAGCGGCGGCCAUGUUUUUGUCGGAGCUGGUGUUUCUGCUCGGGGUCAAUCAAACGGAACAACAGUUCCUGUGUACAGUCGUCGCCAUCCUCCUGCAUUACUUCUUCAUGUCCACGUUUGCCUGGAUGUUCGUCGAGGGGCUUCAUAUCUACCGGAUGCAGACGGAGCAGCGCAACAUUAACUACGGCGCCAUGAGGUUCUACUACGCCAUCGGCUGGGGCGUGCCCGCCAUCAUCACAGGGCUGGCUGUGGGCUUGGACCCAGAGGGAUACGGGAACCCAGACUUCUGUUGGAUCUCCAUCUAUGACAAACUCAUCUGGAGCUUUGCUGGUCCGAUAGCCAUCGUCAUACUGAUGAACGGAGGGAUUUUCAUGAUUGUUGCCAAGAUGUCUUGCAAUCCCUCUCAGAAGGAGACCAAGAAGCUCCCUGUCAUAGCUACUAUUCGCAAUGCCUUCCUGCUGUUGCUGGUCGCCACCUCCACCUGGCUGUGUGGUCUGAUGGCUGUGAACAACAGCAUCCUGGCUUUCUAUUACAUAUUCGAUGUCCUCUGCCUAUUCCAGGGUCUGUCGGUGAUGCUGGUCUUCACUUUGUUCAACUCAGAGGUCAAAGAGGCCUGGAGCGUAGCCUGUUUGGGAAAGAAGAGUCCCGGAGAGGACCCACCAAGACCAUCGCAGAACACUGCUCAGAAUCCCUAUCACAACGCCUCUCUGUUGGAGCAGAGCGGGCUGCACCGCAUCACCCUAGGAACCUCCACAAUCUCCUCCGUGAGCUCCGCCAGAGAAAAUCUUUUGGCCCGUCAGACUCUGGAACAGAAUAUUGUACAAACCGGAGCGACAGACCUGGAUGUAGCCAUGUUCCACAGAGACGGAGGUGAAGAUUCAGACACAGACUCAGAUCUCUCCAUGGACGAGGAGCGCAGUCUCUCCAUCCCUUCCUCUGAGAGCGAGGACAACGUCCGACUCCGUGGACGCAUUCAGCGGCGAUUCAAACGCUCCAAUCACAGCGAGCGUCUGCUCACAGAGCCCGCCCACAACGGCACCAAAGAUUUGGAUGGCAAUGACCUUCUGUCCUACUGGCCCGCUCUGGAGGAGUGUGAGACACACAGCCUUCAGAAGUGGGGCUCAGAGCGCCCCCUUGGGUCCGAUUACAGCAAGGACGCCGCCAACAACAACCAGACUGACGCGGCGCUGACCAGCGGGGACGAGAACGGCCUCACCCAGCCCAACAGGCACCGCAAGGGUAUCCUGAAGAAUCGUAUCGGCUGUCCCCCGGCACUCCAGGGUCUCUCCUCAAUAGGCCGGGCCCCCAGUGAUCUGAACUGGUACCGGACCUCCACUCUGGGCCACCGGGGGGUCCCUGCAGCCUCGUACGGUCGCAUGUACUCUGCCACCAGUGCAGGUGGAGGUUCAGGUUCUCUCUCUCAACCGGGCUCCCGCUACUCCUCCAGGGAACAGCUGGACUCGCUGUCCCGGAGGCAGCUGUCUAGGGACACCCUGGGGAGGCAGGCGGUGGGCGGGUCCAGAGACCGACUGGACUCCCGGGGUUCCAGGGACAACCUGGACCUCCUACCCCGGAGGAGAGAGCUGGGGCUGGGGCAGGGAGCAGGGCUGGGGGGCCUGGGGCUGGAGCAUCAGCGGGUCUCCUCAUCCAGGGAGAACCUGUCGGGGUCCAGGGACAGACUGGACCUCCAGCACACAGGCAGCGUGCACGCCUCCAGGGAGGACUUGAGUGGGAACGGGGGAGCGGGGGGGAUGGAGGGAUUCCUCAGCGGGUCGAGGUCCCAUCUGAACUCGCUGACUCGGCGGCAGGCCUCGUCCCGGGAGCACCUCGAGGGGGCGCUGAUGAGCAGCAGGUCGAGGGAGCAGCUGGAGCCCAACGGGGGCGGGGCCCAGCCGUGUCGGGAGUGGCUGCGCACUCUGCCCCCCCGCCAGCCUGCGCACCCCGACCAGCCUCCCUCGUCCUCCCCUCCUCCCCCCAUCUCUGAGGAGCCCCUGCAGGAGCAGCUCCCGCCUCACGUCAGAGGACGGCUGGACUCCGCCCCCCCAUGUAGGUACACCGGUCAGACUGUCCCGCAGGGCGCAGGUUCAAAUCCCAACGCUCUGGGGCGACAACCGUCCUGCGAACACCUGGACAUCCUGUCCUCUAUCCUGGCCUCCUUCAGCUCCACCGUCCUCACUCCUCCCCCCUCUAACCCUGGGCCUAAUGGCUCUGCCCAUGGACCCUCCCCCUCCCCGCCCCAGUCAGCAACCUCCCACAGCAUAUCUGAAGUCUCCCCCGACUCAGAAGCCAACAGAAGUGAAGGACAGUCUUGAUGACAGCCUACAUGUCCCUUUAUUCAUUGAGGCGGUGUUUGGAACACGAGGUUCAGAGGUCAUGGAUCGACCUGAACCACUGGAGCACUCUGAGAAACACUCGGGACAGAGGAGACACUGAGUCUGUCAGAAAAUACGACAGGGAGAGCGUCGAUGAGGUUAAGGAGGAUGCUCUUUGGCGGUUUGUACUGUAUAAAUUACGUUUUUCAAGUCCCACCGCCUUCAACGAGCUAUGCCGUUUAUUUGGACGUUGAGUCAACCACCUCUACUACCUACAAACUGUUCAAGAUGAACACAAAAUCCUCAGAUUUCAAACAAAAAUUCAGCGUGAUCCGGACAACAUGUGUCCGCGAGAAGAAAAAAAGAAAAGACUGUAAAUAACAUUUUUAUACAUUUUGUAUCUUUUUCAUUGGAGAUGAAGAAGAAAAUCUCGUGAUGUUUUCUCUUUUUUUUUUUUUUAAAUGAUUGUGUCCGUGUGAGGUUGUGAGUGAGGUCGGUGCGUUUGCAGUCUUGUACGUUGCUGAGGGAGACAUUUCCCCUUCAAAGAAAAAAAAAAUCCCCAAAUCUCUCCUUGGAAACAGUUUUCCUCAGAAACAUUUCCUCACAUUCAUCAACUCUGUAAAGCGACAGUAGGGGUCCGGCAAUAUUAUACCAUGAGAUUAUCAAAAAACCGCCACAUGAGGUUGAACGGAAAAUAUCAAAGCAACAAGAACUGAUUGUAUAUAGAGGAAGGAUUAUAUAGGAGAAGAGAUUUGAAGGAAGAUGAUUGUGAAGAGAAAGAUGGCCAACGUUUAGCUAAAGCACCACAGGAAGGUUCAGAGUUGGGGGAUCAUUUAGUAAAGCCCAGUCACGAGUGUCAAAGUAUCGUCUCAUUCAGGAGACUGUGCUGUUUUGUGAUCCAGUGUUCAUGAAUGUGCCCUUGUCACCCAUCUGUGUUCAUCUGUGUCUGGUGCUGACGGGUGAAGGAAGACCUCUGUCUGCUUCUGUGUGUCAUGCAACAACCAUUUAAAGACCCUCAAGGUAUUUCACUCUCUGAUGCAUCACGACUCAAACCUGCCUCAAGAGACGCCACAGGAGCAGUGAAAUGUCUCCGGCAGCAUCCAGGAGACUCACUUUUAAAAGCUUCUGAAGAAGAAGAAGUUCUGCAGAAAUCCAAGCCAAAGGGACACACUUAAAAUCAGAACUUCACACCCUCGUUCUUCAAUUUCCUGUGAUGAAAAUGACCUGUGCAGGGUGUGAAAGCUCUAGGUGUAAUUCUCAUUUUUGUUUUUCGGGUAUUUUUGUUGUUUUUUCAAUGACUGUGCCAUGAAAACAAGUCCAAAUUGAAAAAAAACUGUUUUAAAAAGGCCUCUAGAUCUGCGCCAAAACAUUACCGACUGUUUGCAGGAUUUUGAUUUGCUGUCAUUAAUCUCAGUGUGCUACCAUAUUUUAUUUGGAGUUCACAAAUUAGACCUGCAGUCCAUAUCCAGCUUGCAUCAGCUCGUGUCUGUAACACAUAGAUCCCCUGCCAGGUUUUGUUCCCCUCCUUGGCUGAACACAGUUGCUGGGAAAUGAAUUAUUUAUAUUUGAGGUACUUCCUUACUUUGCUAACAAGCUGCCAUUGAUGGAGAGGUUCAAACCAGAACACAUUCAUACACAUUUCCUCUCAUUGUUUAGGAAGAGAUGAGGUCUCUUGCAAGAUUUGGCGUCGCUUCUGCAGCACCGUAGCAGUCUGCUGAGGAGAGGAGAUGUCAGGUGUGUCAGCGCUAAAAGCCUCUAAGUGGUUUUGAGUGCCAGGUCUUUCCAUCAGCAGCUGCUCCUCUCUCACAGCUGAGUUCAGGCCUUCAGGUAACAACACACAGGCAUUUAGAAGCAAUGGAGACAAGUAGUCUUCACCAGCCUUCAGAGGGAUGAAGGGAGUGAAGCUGACAUAACUGUGUUUUCUGUAGUCAAAGGAAAAUGCAGUGUCUCAAAGAAACGAGGUUUUUGUGUUGCCAAAAUGUGUUGUCCUCGAGCAGAGAGCACUGUGACAUUUAAGCAACCCUAGCAGAUAGAGCACAUUGAGCGUAAUAAUAAAUCAUGAGGUACAAAACCAGAGGAUGGAACAAAUUGGGUCAGAAACUGUGUGUGUAGCUGCAGGGACGAGGGCGAGGACGUUACUCAUCGCAGAGAAACACUUAUUGAAAAGCAAAUUCUGGAAAAACACACACACCUCACAAAUGAAUAUCUCCCUGCUCUGUCUUCCCCAUGUCCCUGGAAGAUGACAAGCCAACAUAUUUGUAAAGUAGUAUUGCCAAAAAAUGCUCCAGCACAGGAACAUCACCCACUAUUCUGUUUAAGGUGUAGACUUUGAUUCCUACUCAUCUGCUCCAUUCAUUUAUUUAUUUUUCUUCACAGAUCCAUUCAUUAUCUUCAACUGACAGUACCUUUAACUUGUACAGACAUGAGAUUUAUUUUAUUUAUCAAUAUUUUAUUGACACUGUAUUGAUUAUUUAUGUUGCCAUUUUGUAUGGGAUUGUUUUUUUUAAGUAUGUGAUUUCUUUCCAUCCAAAUGUUCCCUUUUUUCUGUUUCUCAGUCUCAAUGCAACAAAUUCAAAGACAAAUGAUAAGAAAAGAGCGGGAAAAGUGUCUCUUUCAUGCAGGACACUGGAUUUGGUUUAUAUUUGACCAAACAAGUUUGAAUUUCAACCCUAUAUCGGUGCAUUUAUCCUCCCUGGACACAAUUUCAACAUAUCAAAUCUAACAGGCGAACUCUGGGUGUAUAUAGUGCAGAUAUGGUUCAAACUAACCUUCCUGUUCUAGAUCCAAGACUGAAGAUUUAUAUGCACACAAAUCAUUAACCAGUCAUAUUAAUGCUUUUAGACACAGCAGUCAAUUAACAGAAAACUCCAGCUUCAGGUUAAUCUGGUUCUGAGAGUGAGAGGAAACGAAGGCGUUCCUAAAACGUUGAGAUGUGCUCUGCUUAAGCAAAGGUGGAAAAAUGACGGACACAGUAAGAGAUUGUUGGUGAGAGGAGGAGGGAUGGGAGAUUGUCUUUGUUUUCUCGUGUGUUCAUUAUGGGAUGCCUUCUAUCCCGCCGUCGGCAAGGGGACGGCGGCAUGGAAACAGCUGUUCCCCUGUUACCGCGGAAACAAGAGAAAUGUUGGAUAUUAAAAAAAAUGACUUAUUCCUACACGGCUGUUCAUAUUUAUUCUGGGUGUUUGUGUGUGGUUUCCUUAUUCAUGAGAACAGACAUUUUCAGGUGCGAAAAAACUGAGCAGGCAAAACCUCCUGACACAAGGCACUCUCUCCUGUUUCGACUCUCAGAGCAUCCUGUCACAUCCAGAGGAGUCAGAGAUGUUCAGCUGCCACCAUGAUGCCUGGUGAAAAUAGAAGCCCCCAGCUGAGACAGAAUAUAACCUGUACUCAGGGUUAUAGGACCACUUAAAGGUCAGAUUUGUAAUAGUAUGACUCAUUGGCAGGUAUCUGAGACAUUCUUAUAUCUUUGACAUACAUGUACACAGACAGAUUUAAAAGGGAUAUUUUGUAUUUAUAUUAAAUGUUAAUAUGUAUAUUUGUUUUGUGAGUUUGAUCAAAUAUAUAUUUUUCUGCGUUAAAGCCAAGAGGCAAUUAGCUUAUUUUAGCAUAACACGAACAGCUAGCC